GCGUUGCGCAUUUCCAAUCCAACCGUCGUGGGCAGCUGAACCUCCCCCCAAAAAAACAAAUUAAACAAGUAGAAUUAUGCAGCGGAAACUUAUGCUUUUGGGCCUGAUCGGCUUGAGUCUGAUGGGCGUUUGCCACGCCUACGGUCGAAUUCUGGGCGGCGAGGAGGCGGACCCCACAGCCACGCCCUACGCCGCCUCCCUUCGCGUGGAUAACGCCCACGUGUGUGGCGGCAGCAUUCUGUCAGAAACCAAGAUCCUCACCACCGCCCACUGCGUCCAUCGCGAUGGAAACUUAAUCGAUGCCAGUCGGCUGUCGUGUCGCGUGGGCAGCACCAACCAGUACGCCGGCGGUCGGAUCUACACCGUGGAAUCGGUGGUCGUCCACCCGGAGUACUACAGCCUGAAGAACAACCUGGCCGUGAUCACGCUGAGCUCCGCUCUGGCCUUCACGGAUCGGAUUCAGGCGAUCCCGGUGGCCGCCAGUGGAGAGAGCCUGCCCGCCGAGGGGGCCGAGGUGACGGUGGCCGGCUGGGGUCGCACCACCGACGGCACCACCUCGUACAAGAUCAGGGAACUGGAGCUGACGGUGGCCCAGGAGGCCGCCUGCCUGGACGCGUACAGCGAUCAUGACGGGGACAGCUUCUGCCUGGCCCACGAACUCAGGGAGGGCACCUGCCACGGCGACGGAGGCAGUGGCGCCGUCUACGGGGGCAAGCUGAUCGGCCUGACCAACUUCGUGGUCGGCGCCUGUGGCUCCCGCUACCCCGAUGUCUUCGUCCGGCUCUCCAGCUACGCCGAUUGGAUCCAGGAGCAGAUUGCCUAGACUCCCCGUACACACUUCCCCUCCCAAAAUAAUAAUUUCCUUUUAAUUAACAAAAGAAACACAAAAAACAGAAA